AUGCCCAAUAGGUCAUGUUUUUUUUGCCGUCAGUUCGUCAAUUGCACUUUCUCCCUCUUCGCGAUCGCGAAUCUCGACUCCGCCUCAGCAGUCGGCAACUCGACGCUUCAUUCCACCGUCCGUGUGUUGAAUGUUGAUUCCGCCGUCUGCCGGUCCGCCGCGACACCGCCGACCAGUCUGCCGCCCGUGGCCCCGACCCGCCUGUCCGCCGGGGCGUCGCCCAUCCACUGCAGCAGGCCAACAGACUCUAUGCAUUUUGUCCGGGAUCAGAAGGUUGUUAUUUGGCUCUUCCAGCAACAAGGACUGUCUUUCUGUGGACAUGAUGAGUCAAGUAAUUCUUUAAAUAGAGGAAACUUUCUUGAAUUGCUUCAAUGGUACAGUCAACGAAAUGAGGAAGUUUCAAAGGUUGUUAAUCAAAAUGCUCCCGGAAACAAUCAAAUGAUUUCUCCAGCAAUUCAAAAAGACCUUACGGGUGCUUGUGCCUCUGAGAUCACACUUUCCAUAAUCGAAGAUAUUGGAAACAAUGUUUUCUCCUUAAUGGUUGAUGAAUCUCGAGACAUUUCAGUGAAGGAGCAAAUGAGAGUUGUUUUGAGAUAUGUGAAUAAAAGAGGACAGGAUGCUAUCGAUGCUUUAUUUGCGAAACAUGGAUUAUCAUUAUCUAGACUGAGAGGUCAAGGAUAUGAUGGAGCUUCAAAUAUGCGGGGUGAAUUCAAUGGGUUGAAAUCUCUCAUUUUGCAAGAAAAUCCAUAUGCAAGUUAUAUUCAUUAUUUUUCUCACCAAUUACAGUUAGUUAUUAUUGCUGUUGCCAAGAAUAAUCUCAAUGCGAUGUCGGAGAUGAAAGACAAUUGUAUGAUUGGUGGACGUAGAAGACAAGUCAUCACCAAUUUGCAUCAUUAUCGUGUGGAGAUUUUCUAUCGGGUUGUUGAUUCAGUUAUACAAGAGAUGAAUACUCGUUUUUCAGAAGUUGGCACAGAAUUGCUUAGUUGUAUAGCAUGUCUUCAUCCAAGGAAUUCUUUUUCUGAAUUCAAUGUUCAGAAACUCGUUCGACUUUGUGAUUUAUAUCCUGAGGACUUCUCAACAAAUGAUUGUAUAGUUAUUGAACAACAACUUCAGAAUUUCAUUCAUAAUAUACGACAGGAUCCAAAUUUUUUUGGAAUUGAAGAUUUGGGAAGUUUUGCUCAGAAAAUUGUUGAAACUCAAAAAAAUCAAGCUUAUCCAUUGGUUUAUCGUCUGAUUGAGAUGACAUUAGUUUUACUAGUUGCGACCGCUUCUGUUGAAAGAGUAUUUUCUGCGAUGAAGACGAUAAAGACUGAUUUAAGUAACAGAAUGGGAGACGAGUGGAUGAAUGACAGUCUAGUCGUAUACAUCGAGAAAGAUAUCUUUUCAACAAUUGAAAAUGAGCAAAUAUUGCAGCGUUUUCAAAAGAUGAAAAGCCGCAGGAUGCAGUUACCUCCUCUUUCUUAUCCAACGACCACCUAA